AUGUGUGAGAUCUAUGCAUUUGUGGGCUCCCUGUCAGGCUGCAUGUCCAUCUGGUCCAUGGCCAUGAUUGCAGUGGACAGGUACAAUGUGAUUGUCAAGGGCAUUGCUGCCAAGCCCAUGACCUACAAGAAAGCCCUUGGCAUGAUCCUGUUUGUGAACACAGCCUCCCUGGUGUGGUGCACGCUCCCAUUCUUUGGAUGGAACCGGUAUGUGCCUGAGGGCAACAUGACUGUGUGUGGAACAGACUCAAUGUCAGAGGACUGGGUCAGCCGCAGCUAUGUGAUUGCAUAUGCUGUCUGGGUCUACUUCUUGCCUCUCCUCACUAUCCUCUACUGCUACUUCCAGAUUGUGAAGGCUGUUGCUGAACAUGAGGAGCAGAUGAGGGAGCAAGCAAAAAAGAUGAAUGUGCAGAGCUUGCGUUCAUCAGAGGCCAACAAGACCAGUGCUGAAAUCCGCCUUGCCAAGGUUUGA